CAGGUAUCCGGCUGCGGUUUCCUCGCGCGGUGUUCUGCUCGAGCCCGAGUCGGUGGUUGCGCCACGGGCUCCUGAGCCGAGGCCUGGCGAGAAAGUGAGAGACGCGGCUGGACAGGCCCGACCGGAGCGCCCAGGGCCCAGGACCGCGGGCUCAGACCCGGCCUCUGAGGGGAGAGGCCGGAGAGGAGAGUCCAGCCCGGGAGCAGUCAGAGCAGGCCUGCAGAGUGGGGCUGGGGCUGCAGAGAGGCGCCGCUGACGCUUAGGAAACUGCUAGGAGGUCGUGGCGCGAGGUGGGACCCAGAUGCUGGAGGAAGGAGAGCCACCUUCUCUGGACCCUGCCCUUCCCCAAGAGGAAAGCACAGGAGAGGAAGGAAUGGUGGCUGGUCUCCUCACAGCUGGGCCCCAUGGAUUCACGCCCUUCAGCAGUGUGACUGAAGCUGUUACCCAGGAGGGGUGGAGGCACUCGGUCCCUGCUCCGAGGGACAGGUUCAAGGAGGGGAUACCAGAAAAGUCCAGAAACCUGGUCCUACUGGGACUUCCAGUUUCCCAGCCUGGCAUGAAUUCUCAGUUGGAACAGAGGGAAGGCUCAUGGGUGCUGGAGGGAGAAAGCCUAAGGAGUACCCGUCCAGACCGGAAGAUUGUCUCUGAAUCACCACCCGAGCAGGACAUUUCUGGAGAAUCAUUCCAAGACACAAGUGUAGAGAUGCCCCCUGGGGAGUCAGGUCACAAGAACAGUGAGGUGGGGAAGAGCUUCAAUCUGAGACCAGUCCUUUCUCCACAACAGAGAGUUCCUGCAGAAGUGAGGCCCCGGAAAUGGGAGAAACACACAAAGAGCUUCAGGAAGGAGACAGAGAUGAAGAAACCUCACAGAGCAAAGCCGUACACAUGUAACGACUGUGGCAAAGCCUUCAGUUACUGUUCUUCCCUUUCUCAGCAUCAGAAGAGCCAUACUGGGGAGAAGCCAUACGAGUGCCAUGAAUGUGGGAAGGCCUUCAGCCAGAGCUCGUCUCUCAUUCAGCACCAGAGGAUUCACACCGGAGAGAAGCCUUAUAGAUGCAGCGAGUGUGGGAGAGCCUUCAGCCAGAAUGCAAACCUCACAAAACACCAGCGAACUCAUACUGGAGAAAAGCCCUACAAAUGCAGUGAGUGUGAGAAAGCUUUUGGCGACUGCUCAGCCCUUGUUCAGCAUCAGAGAAUUCACACUGGAGAGAAGCCCUAUGAGUGCAGUGACUGUGGGAAGGCCUUCCGUCACAGCGCAAAUCUUACAAACCACCAGAGGACUCACACGGGGGAGAAGCCCUACAAGUGCAGUGAGUGUGGGAAGGCCUUCAGUUACUGUGCGGCAUUUAUUCAGCAUCAGAGAAUCCACACAGGGGAGAAGCCCUACAAGUGUAACGCCUGUGGGAAGGCCUUCAGCCAGAGCGCAAACCUCACGAACCACCAGAGGACUCACACUGGAGAGAAACCCUACAAGUGUGGCGAGUGUGGGAAGGCCUUCAGCCAAAGUACAAAUCUUAUAAUCCACCAAAAGACCCACACUGGGGAGAAGCCGUAUCAAUGUAAUGAAUGUGGGAAAUUCUUCAGUGAGAGCUCAGCCCUUAUUCGCCAUCACAUUAUUCAUACCGGAGAAAAACCCUACGAGUGCAGUGAGUGUGGAAAGGCCUUUAACCAGAGUUCAUCCCUCAGUCAGCAUCAGAGAACUCACACUGCUGUGAAACCCUACGGAUGUAGCGAGUGUGGGAAGGCCUUCAGGUGUAGUUCAGCCUUCAUUAGACAUCAGAGACUCCAUGCUAGAGAGUAACUGGGAACAUGACCAAGGGAUGGGGACCUGACAGGUAAACGCAGGGAGUCUGAAAGCAGCUGGAGACAUCUGACUUGGAUAGUCUCCCACCCAGAGCUGCAUGCAGCAGCAUCUCUAAUAAAUCAUCACUUUUUUACAUGUUGGAUGUG